AUGCAAAGUAGCAGACUUGAGAAGUCCAUGGGGGCUGUUCAGAUGGGGUUAGUCAAAAUGCUUAAAGGAUUCCAAAGCAAGGUGAUGCCACCCUUCAGUCCAAAGGUGGUUACAGAAGAUGAAGCAAACCCAAUGCUGACGCCUUCUGAAUUCUUGAAAGAAAUGUCCCUCACCACAGAGCAGAGACUGGCAAAUACACGUGUGAUGUGCCGACCACAGAUCAUUGAACUCUUUGAACUUCAGUUUUCAGGAGUUGACCUGGAUCAGACAUUAUUUCAACCCUUUCCAUCAGAAAUUAUAUUUCAAAACUACACUCCUUGUGAAGUUUAUGAAGUUCCACUGGUUUUGAGGAACAAUGACAAAAUUCCAAGGAUGGUCAAAGUCAUUGAGGAAAGUUCACCUUACUUUAAAGUAAUCAGCCCCAAAGACAUAGGCCACAAAGUAGCACCUGGAGUGCCAUCCACAUUCCGAAUCCUCUUCACUCCAGAGGAAAACAAGGAUUACGCCCAUAUAUUGACGUGUGUUACGGAAAGAGAAAAGUUUAUUGUGCCGAUUAAAGCUCGAGGGGCACGAGCCAUCUUGGAUUUCCCUGACAAGCUGAAUUUUUCCACUUGCCCUGUCAAAUACAGCACUCAGAAGAUUCUGCUGGUACGCAACAUUGGCAGUAGAGAGGCUGUGUUUCACCUCAAAACGCGUAGGCCUUUCUCUGUAAACCCUUCUGCUGGAACUCUUAACGUGGGAGAGACCAUGCAACUGGAAGUGGAGUUUGAGCCACAGACUGUGGGCAAUCACAGUGAAAGACUUAUUGUGUAUUAUGACACAGGUGAAAAAGUGUUUGUAUCUCUGUACGGAGCUGCCAUCGACAUGAACAUAAGGCUAGACAAGAAUUCCUUGACCAUAGAGAAAACCUACAUAUCUUUGGCCAGUCAGCGAACCAUCACCAUUCACAACCGCAGUAACAUCAUCGCCCAUUUCCAGUGGAAGAUAUUUGCUAAUCAGGAUGAUGAGGAUAGAGAAAAGAAUAGGGUCUGUGAUGAUCUGAUCAAAGAGGAAAAGAAUGAGACGGAUGAGUUCCUCGAAGAGUGCGUUAUUGAUCCUUCACUACGUGAACGUCUUUCCAUUCUCUCCCGCACCUUUGAGAAUCACAGAAGGCUGGUUCAGGAAGACAGCAUGCUCUUCCUGAGUAACAUUUUCACUCUGGAGCCCCUGGAAGGUGACGUCUGGCCCAACUGUUCAGCUGAAAUCACUGUGUAUUUCAACCCUGUGGAAGCCAGGCUCUACCAGCAUACUGUUUAUUGCAACAUUUCAGGUCGAGAAAUCCGCCUGCCCCUCCGAAUAAAAGGGGAAGGAAUAGGACCUAAGAUUCAUUUCAACUUUGAAUUGCUGGAUAUUGGCAAAGUUUUUGUUGGAUCUGUACACUGCUAUGAGACAAUACUGUCCAACAAAGGCAGCAUCGAUGCCCUCUUCAACGUGAUACCUCCCACUUCGGCUGUGGGCGCCUGCUUUGUUUUCAGCCCCAAAGAAGGCAUCAUUGAACCAAGCACAAUCCAAGCUAUCCAUAUCUCCUUCACUUCUGACAUCCUGGGGCACUUUGAAGAGGAGUUCCUGAUCAAUGUCAAUGGGUCACCUGAGCCUGUGAAAUUGACCAUUCGAGGCUGUGUCAUUGGACCUACCUUCCAUUUUAAUGUUCCUGCUCUGAAUUUCGGUGAUGUUUCCUUUGGGUUCCCUCACACCUUGAGCUGUUCCCUGAAUAAUACCUCUUUGGUCCCCAUGGUCUUCAAACUGCGUGUUCCUGGGGAUGGCUUGGGGAGUAAAAGUAUUUCCACUUGCCAGCAACAUUCAGACAACAAAACUCCCUCCUGGAACAGGGAAGAAAAAACACCGGCAGUGAAACCAAAGGAAUUCACCAUCUCUCCCAGCUGUGGCACCAUUCGCCCCCAGGGAUUUGCUGCUAUUCGGGUGACCUUAUGCUCCAACACCGUGCAGAACUAUGAGCUGGCCCUGGUGGUAGACGUGGAGGGCAUUGGAGAGGAAGUGUUGGCGCUCUUAAUUACAGCAAGGUGCAUUGUACCUGCACUCUGUCUGGUUCGUACAGAGGUGGACUUUGGUCGCUGCUUCCUGAAGUACCCUUAUGAGAAAGCGAUCCAGCUGGUCAACAAUGACAAUCUCCCAGGAUGCUAUGAGGUUCUGCCUCAGGUGGAUGAGGAUUCACCUCCUGUGCUCCUUUCCAGCCUCACCCCCUGUGGGAUUAUCCCUCCCCACAGCACCGUAGACAUACCUCUAGCCCUGGAGACCCAGGUCACAGGGCAGCACUGGUCCUUAGUCUACAUCUACGUCUUUGGGAGCCAAGACCCUCCUUUGGCAUGUCGUAUAAAGAGCAUCGGAGAAGGCCCGGUUAUCUACGUACAUCCCACUCACGUGGAUUUUGGCACUAUCUACGUCCUGAGGGACUCCUCCAGGCUUCUCUCUCUGUCCAAUGAGUCCUUCAUUCCUGCAUCAUUCCGGGCACACAUGGCACGCAAAAAGUCCCUUUGGACGGUUGAACCCACUGAAGGCAUGAUCCCUCCGGAAUCUCAAGUUCAGCUGGAGCUGACUGCCAACCUGAAUGACACAGUGACAUUCAAAGACACAAUCGUUUUGGAAAUCGAACAUAGCAGCACCUACCGGAUCCCUGUCCAGGCAUCAGGAACUGGUUCCACCAUCGUUUCAGAUAAGCCCUUUGCCCCAGAACUCAACUUGGGAGCCUAUUUUAGCCUGGAUACCUUUUAUUACCGCUUCAAGUUGGCCAACAAGGGUCGUCGGGUCCAGCAGCUUUUCUGGAUGAACUAUGGUUUUUAUCCCCAGGACAAGCCGAGCAAGAAGAGCCUGGCUAAGAAGGGCUCUGGUGCUGACUCCCAGGUCAGGGACCCUCAUGGCCCUGUGUUUCAGCUUCACCCCGUCAGGAUGGAGUUGUACCCAGGCCAGACAAUCGAUGUAAUACUCGAAGGCUAUUCUGCAACUCCCAGGAUAGUCAAAGAGAUGUUGGUAUGCCAUGCCAUCGUUGGAACACAAAAGGGAAAGAGUCUGGUGAUGACUGUGAAUGUCAUCUGUGAAUUCAUUGCACCUCUUAUCCAGCUCUCCACGAAGCAGCUCAUAUACCGACUGGAGAAGAAACCUAACACCAUCCUGGAACCUAAUUAUCAGCCCUUGGCCAUAAAGAACGUUUCCACCCUGCCCGUGAACUUGCUGCUCUCCACAACCGGACCAUUUUUUAUAUGUGAAACUGACAAGUCCCCACUGCCCAUAGCUCCUGAGCCCAUUAAGCUGGAGACUGGGGAAGAAAAAAGCCUGCUGGUCAAGUUUGACCCUUCCUAUAGAAAUGAUUUCAACAACUGGGUGGCAGAAGAAAUUCUAGCAAUUAAGUAUUUGGAGCACCCUCAGAUAGACAGCCUGAACCUGCGUGGAGAAGUACACUACCCCAACCUCAGUUUUGAGACCAUGGAGCUGGAUUUUGGCUGCAUCCUGAACGACACCGAGGUGAUUCGGUACAUCACAAUCACCAACUGCAGCCCUUUGGUUGUGAAGUUCCGUUGGUCCUUCCUGGUGGAUGAUGAGGAAAAUCAGAUAAGGUUUGUGCCAUGGCCCAAGAAGCUCUACAGUGCCCCUCUGUCCCAGGUGGAGUCCGUCCCUGCAACCUCAGUGUCUGCAAGCUCACCGGUGGUCACAGCUGCACUGGAUUCCUCUGAGAUGGAUUUAAGUGACUUUGUUAAGACCAUCCUGGAGGUUGAAGAUGAUGGAGACUAUGAAAGACAACACAAGAAAGCUCAGCUGGCCCCUGCUACCAUGGUUACUCCAGUAUUACAAAGCCCUUUUCCUGGGGCAUUAAAUGUAGAAAGAAUAUGCCGAAGCCAGAGCCAGGUGGAGUUUCACGAAUCCCUCUGGAUCUUCGAACACGAUGAAAUGCUUUCCCUUGGGAUAGAAGAGGUGUUUGACAUUUUGCCCCUCUACGGAGUGUUGCAGCCACACAGUAGCCACCAGAUAUCUUUCACCUUCUAUGGACACUGUGACAUCAUUGCACAUACGACAGCUCUGUGUGAAGUGGAAGGAGGCCCCACCUAUGAAAUAACACUGAAAGGAGAAGCAUCCUUGGUCAACUAUUCCUUUGACACCAAGGAGAUCAACUAUGGACUACAGCUGUUUGACCAUGUCACAGAGAGCGAAAUCACACUGAAGAACACGGGGAAAGUUGGCUUCCACUUCAAGGUCCUCACUGACCACGUGGCGUCGCCAGACAGCCUUCUGCCUGGAGUGCCGCUCAUCCUGCCCCUCUCGGGUUUUAUUGAGUCUCACAAAGAGCAGGUGUUGAAAGUGUACUAUUUACCUGGCAUACCUGAGGUCUUUCACAGGAGCUUCCAGAUUCAGAUCGCCCACUUGGAUCCAGAAAGUAUCAUUCUGAGUGGAGAGGGAAUUUUCCCCCGAAUCAGCCUCGAUCUGCCCAGGAACCUGAAAGGAAAUGAAAAGUAUGAAACCUUCUUGGAUCAAGCCAAAAAAAACCUAGAGUAUGACAAAUAUGAUACAAUUGCUCACUUAGAGAUGACAACUGAGGAGAUUCCUGAGUAUGAAUCUUCUGAGUUUAGUGCUCAUCUCCAGAUGGAAGUAGAGAGACUUAUAGUCCAAGAGUAUGCCCUACAAUAUCAGAAAAUGGUGACCACCGAUCCCACAGAUGACUCCUGCCUCAUUCAUCGGAGUCGUCGGAAACUGACCAAAGUCCAGCUGCCAGAGUAUAUCCUGGACUUUGGUUACAUUAUCCUUGGUGACGUCCGAACACACAUCAUCAAGAUCACCAACACCAGCCACUUCCCAGUGUCCUUUCGAGCAGAAAAGCGUGUCCUUCAUGACACAGGCUUCAGUACUGAGCUAGAUCGUGUAAAGAAUCUGCCUUACUGUGAAACGGAAACCUUUGAAGUGCGGUUUGACCCACAAGGGACAAAUCUUUCUGUUGGAAACAAAGAAGUUACAAUGCCCAUCAAGGUGGUUGGAGGACCAACAAUUCAGGUCUGUCUCAAAGCCAAAGUGACCAUCCCAACCAUGACGCUGUCUUGUGGAAAAGUGGAAUUUGCCACAAUUCAGAGUGGACAAUGCCUUGUGGAAACUAUUCAACUUACCAAUCAAAUCCAAGUCCCUUGUGAAUGGUUUGUCCAAGCCAUUAAGCCUGUUGACAAGCUGGGGAAGCACAUGCCAAAGUACUUAAGACGGAAACUACGUGCUGAAUUAAAGCCAAAGACACGGAUCUUUGAGGUUCAACCCACUUCUGGAGUCCUGGACCCUGGUGAGAAGUCCAAUGUGCAAGUGAAAUUCAUGCCCAAAGAAGAGAAGUUCUACAGCCAAACGCUGGUGUUCCAGAUUGCUCAGAGCCCUCAGAAGCUGACGCUACUGGCACAAGGACAAGGUCUGGAGCCUCGCCUGGAAUUUAAUCCUUCAGUUCUGGAGCUGGGACCACUGCUGCCCUAUGCACCUGGAGAUGAGGCCGAAUUGGUGGUGAAGAAUCCCUGCAACUUUCCCAUUGAGUUUUACUCCUUAGAAUUUGACCAGCAAUAUCUCAUAGAAGAGAAGAUCUUACGGAAGCUGAAGGGUUAUGAUUCCUUCAACACCCUGCUGCUGCCUCCCCGCAUCCCUGGGGAGAAGCUGCCGCUGGAGGUGUAUGAGUACUUUAAGGAGCUGAAGCGGUCCAAAGAGGAGCAGAUGAAGGCAAGGUACAUGGAGAGCCUCACUCAGGACAAUGAAGAGGAAGAUGGGCCCUCUUCAGACCAGGGAAAUUCCGCCAGCACCAAGAGGACCUCGCUUAGCCAAGGAAUCUCUGUCACAUCUAACCUGGAAGAGCGGUACAUCGCUAUGGUGGAUUCGAAAACCUACCCAGAUGACGAGGAGGACAAUGAGAGCUUGGAAAAAAUCAUGCUUCAAACUGACAAGAUACAGAGCAUAGACAGCCACUCCGUGGAGGAGGUUGGAGAGGUAGAAAACAACCCAGUGAGCAAGGCCAUAGCCCGCCACCUGGGUAUUGACAUUUCUGCAGAAGGCCGUCUGGCCAAGAACCGGAAGGGUAUUGCCGUUAUCGUCCAUGGGACACCCUUAUCAGGGAAGUCUGCUGUUGCUGCCAGCAUGGCCAGGUACUACAAUGCUGCCUGCCUGAGCAUCGACGCGGUGGUGUUGGAAGCCAUCUGUGACGGGAACAACAUCCCCGGCAUCUGCGCCCGGGAGCUCUGCGUCAAGGCUGCUAUUGAGCAGUCCAUGAAGGAAGUAGAGGAGUCUGCCCAUGAAGGUGCUUUGAACACAAACAUCACAGGACAAAUACGACUGAGCAGUGAGACCUUGGGCAAGUUAACUUCAGAAUCCACUGUGGUAACGCCUGAAAUGAAACCUGGGAAGAAUUUGCGUGGGAGCGUGAUGAUUGCCAAAAGCAAGGCAGAGAGCCAUGGCUCCGGGUCUCAGAAGCAGCAUCACCUGCACCCAUCUGAAACACCACAGGUGAAGAUUUCCUCCAGCCCGCUCCUCUUGGGGCCUGCCCAGCGAAGGCUGAGCAUCAGCACCAGCAUUGGGGGCGACACCGGGCUGAUGAGCUGUGUGCUCCCCGAGGAGCUUCUCGUGCAGAUCCUGGCCAAGCGAAUACAGCUGAGUGACUGCUACCGAGGGGUGGUGUUCGAUAGCCUUGAGACACUCUUUGCUCGAAAUGGGACUUCAGCUCUCCUCUGCCUGCUGAAAGCCAUCGGCAACAGGGAGCACAUCUACGUCAUCAACAUGGCCCAGGAUUACACAGCCAUGAAAGCCCGGGAGAAAGCUAAAAAGGAGCAAGAAGACCUCAAACACAGGGAGAUGCUUCUGAAAGAGAAGGAGAGGCUUCAGAACAUGGAUGAGGAGGAGUAUGACGCCCUGACGGAGGAGGAGAAAAUCGCGUUCGAUAGAGAGGUUCAGCGAGCUCUCCGAGAAAGGAAGAAGAGGGAGCUGGAGAGACUGGUGAGAGAGAUGCAAGAAAAGAAGCUGCAGCAGGAGCUAGAGCGGCAGCGAGAAGAAGAUGAGCUGAAACGGAGGAUUAAAAAACCCAAACAGGGCCCCAUAAAGGAAGAGGCCCCACUGAAGAAAUCUCAGGCCGCAAGCCGGCAGGUUCCAACUUUUUCCAAACUGGAGGUGAAGUUGGAGGCACUAGAAAGGAAAGUAUCUGUUAGGGAGCAAGGAAUGUCUGAGAAGGACGAACUAAACAAGAAGAGAAAGAAUCAAAUGACAGAUCUCAAUUUCUUGGGGUGUUCUCUCAUCCAGGAAGAGGAAAGCGAAACGGACCUCCUCCUGAAGGACUUGGACAAGAACUUGGUCCAGAAGUUCAAGAACUACGAGCUGAUUUUAAAGGAUAUCCAAAGCAUCCUCAUGUGCUGGGACCGGAAGCAAGGCAUCCAGCUGCCUCACACUGGGACUGAAGAGGUGCCCCAUGAGCAAGAUGACCAGCGCCAGGUCCCGUCUGGUGGGCGCCGAGGCCGCAAGGACCGGGAGAGGGAGCGCCUGGAGAAGGAGCGAGCAGAGAAAGAGCGCCUGGAGCGGGAGAAGGCCGAGAGGGAGCGGCUGGAGAAGCUGAGGGCAAUGGAGGAGCGCAGUGAUGGAGAGGGAGACUGGGACGAGGACCAUGAGGGGAAGAAGGACUUAGGCGUGCCCUUCAUAAGCAUCCAGACUCCAGAUUUCGAAGGCUUAAAUUGGAAGCAGGCCCUGGAGAACGACAGGCUUCCCAAAGGAGAGCAGAUCCUAGACAUCCUUGGCCUGGGUUCCUCUGGACCACCCAUCCCGCCUCCGACCUUGUUCUCAAUAAUCCCCUACCCUAUGAAGCGUCUGUCUUUGGCCCCAACGGACAUCCUGAAGCAUUUCGUGUUUGUGACCCCACAAUCAGAGGAUCUUUCCAUGAUGGAGGAUAAAAAAGAACUGGAGGCAGAAGGCGAGCUCCUGACCCUCUCGGUCACCUCAAAGGUUCAAGAGGAGCAGAAUGCCCCAUCUAAGGGGAGCAAACAGAAACCAAAGGAAAAAGCAGAGCCAUCCCGCGAGUCUCAGAAGGACAAACGUCGCGUGGCCAGUAACAGGAAGGGCCUUUCUGGGGGAACACCUGGGACCCUGGCACCCCUGUCGGACAUAGACCAGAACAACUUCACAGGGCAGCACUCCCAGGAAAAAUUCAUCAGGCUGAAUCAUUUCCGGUGGAUUGUACCGGCCAACGGUGAGGUGGCUCUACGGGUGCACUUCUCCUCUAACGAUCUCGGGAACUUUGACCAGACUUUUAACUUUGAGAUCCUUGGAACUGGCCGCCAGUACCAGCUCUACUGCCGAGGUGUCUGCACUUACCCAUAUAUUUGCCAAAACCCAAAAGUGGUGUUCCCUCAGAGGAAGAAGGACCCAAAGACACAGGAGGUCACCUUUAAGAAGUAUAUUACGAGCAUGGAGAUGUUUAACUUCGGGCCACUCCUUUGCGGAAAAUCAAGAGAUAAAUACAAGUCAUCCAUUUUCCCAGGCAACAUGGAAACGCUGACAAUCCUGAACAAUUCCCCAGUGCUCGUGGAGGCAUACUUCUGCUUCCAGCAUGAUGUCAGAGCAAACACCUACUUCUUGGAGCCCACCACCAUGACCCUGAAGCCUAACGAGAAGCAGAUGCUAACCGUGUGGGCCUACCCAACUGCAGUUGGCACCUUUGAAGACAGUAUCGUCUGCUGCAUCAAGGAGAACCCAGAGCCAGCCAUCUUCAAACUAAGCUGCCAGGGGGUCCGCCCUGAACUGGAAUUGGAUCACAAGCAAUUGCACUUUGACCGACUCUUGCUGCACAGAAAAGAAUCCAGGGUAAUCAACCUCCGCAACAUCACGCCCCUGUCCGUGGCCUGGAGGAUCUCCAACCUGGAGCACCUAGGUGACGACUUCACUGUGUCCAUGAUGCAGGGGACUAUCCCCCCCAAGUCUGAGUACGGCUUGCAUGUGCACUUCCAGCCCUCCAAACCCAUCACCAUCAAGAAGGCGAUUCGGCUGGAGGUUUUAGAUGCAGAAAAUCUUGUUGGUGUUGUUCAGAUUGAAAACAUCCUGAUCUUUGCAGAGUCCUACGACAUUGCCCUGGACAUCACCUUCCCCAAAGGAGCUGAAGGAGGCCUUGAUUUUGGGGUUGUACGGGUCAUGGAAGAGGUAAAGCAGCCCCUACAGCUGAAGAACCGUGGGAAAUACGAGAUCAUAUUCAGCUUUUCUGUGGACUCAUUAGGGAUGACAGUGACCAAUUUGAAUUCCAUGAUCUCGGUCCAACCCAAGAAGGGCUCACUGACCACAAUGGAAAAGCCCACAAAUGUCCAGGUGUUAUUUCGUGCCAGAAAGGAAGUCAAGAUCGAACACCUGCCCAUCCUGCGUUGUCAUAUUAUUGAACCUACUAUUGCAGAAGGCGAGAUCAUUGCCAGCAUCCCCAUUAAGUUUUCCGUGAAUGCAGUGUUCUCCAAGUACAACAUCAGCCCUUCCUCCAUCAUCAACUUCGGGGCUUUGAUUUGUGGCACUCGUAAAAGCUCCACAUUCACCAUAGAAAAUCAGGGUGUCACUGACUUCAAGUACACCCUCUACAGGCUGACAGGAGAGAGCCCCAUUCAUCAGAAAAAACUAGCCAGUCACACUAAACACCCAAGAUCCAGGGAAAGCGAGAGCUUCUACAAGACUGGCCCUUCCAAAGCUACCAAGUUCUCCGACACAAUUUCAAAAGAAGUCAAUAUUUCAAACCAGGCUCGCUUCACACACGGCAUGUUCACCGUGUACCCUGGAUUUGGCUCCAUUCCAUCUGGAGGGCAGCAGGUCAUCACCGUAGACUGUGUGGCUGACCCCGUGGGAAGAUGUGAGGAGUUUAUAGGCAUCGACAUCUCCGACCGAGAUCCAAGAGACCAGCCUGCUGGCAUUCCUUACACUCUUUUGGCUGAAGCCUGUCUGCCAGCCUUCGUGACAGACAACAAUGCCUUGAUAUUUGAAGAGCACCAGAUCUGUUCCAACAUCAACCUGUACCACAUCCUACAGACCAUAGAGACAAGGGGAUUGUUCGUGGAGGAUGAGAACAAGUUCAUCUUCUGUAAUGUUCUGGUGGGCCAUCAAGCGAAGGCUCGGUUCAAAAUCAGCAAUAUGGGAAAGAUUGCCUGUGAUGUGAACAUUGUGGUGAAGCCCAUCUCCAAUAAGGCCAUUGCCCGCAUCAAUGACAUCUUUGAAGUGGAACCCAACAAGAUGUGUGUUGCCAGUCGCUCACAUGCCUUUGCCACAGUGUCCUUCACCCCACAGACCAUGCAGACCUAUCAGUGUAUCUUUGAGGCCACCCUGGAUGGCUUACCCAGCAACCUGAUCAAGAACCGAAGCCUGGCCUUUGACAUCAUGGGAGAGGGUAACCUCCCUCGUGUAGUCGUUGUGCGGCCAAUUCUCCAUAACCAACUUGGACACCCCUUGCUCCUCUUUAAGAGACUUCUCCUUGGUCAUUCAGAGAAACUACCUCUCAUCCUCAAGAACAAUGGCACCAUUCCAGCCCAGCUGCAUGUUGACUUGUGGGACCAGCUAGGAGUCUUCUCCCUGAAAGGGAAAGCCACUACCUCCUACAUCUACAUCUCAGAGGAAAACAAACCAAAUGAAAAAGCCAAGAAAGCUCACACGGCCGCCCUCAUUGUUUCUCCUGGAGAGACCGCUGAGUUUGAUGUACUGUUCCACUCUCUAAAGGUUGGGAGAGUGUCAGGCACCAUCCACUUGUCGGUGAUCGACAAUCAGUACGAGGAGACCAUCAUCCACAUGGUGGGAGAAGGCUACAAGGACGACAUCACCUUGGAGAACAUCCAUGGGCUGGUGGCUUCCACCAACCAGGAGGCUUCCGAAUUGUCUGAAAUUCUGGAGAUAGCCCAGGAGGAGACCAGAGAGGACUUGCUGACCUUCUGCUUCUGUCCCCUAGCUGCUCUGGUGGACCACAUCCAGUUUGGGGACUGCCACAUUGGCAAUGCCUAUACCGUGAGCUUCACCAUCACUAACCAUAGCCAAGUGACUUUGAUACGGUUUGAAUGGCCCAUGUUAGCUACACUCUCUUUCUCCCCACAGAUAGGCCACCUCCACCCCGGAUGUGCCAAGGACAUAGUAGUGACCCUGAAGUCAGACGUGCCCAUCAUCCUGAAGAAGAUGGGGGUCAAGUGCAAGCUCUCCAAGAUUGUAUUUCAGCUCCCUGCGGAUCAGGUUCCUGACUGGGAUGACCGCAUGCGCACAGUCAAGUGGGUAGAUGUGAAUAAGAGCACAUCUGGGGCUUUCAGCACAAAAAGAAAAGUGAUAGAGACAGAUCCCGAACCUGCCCACACUGUGCUGGAAGAUAACUACAGAGAGCUGCAUCUACAGAUCAGCGCCAAUGUGGAUUUUGCUUCAUACCAGUUCCAAACGACGGAUGUGCACUUUAAGGAUACGCUGGUUUACCAGACCCGAGUGUUUGAGCUUGAUCUGACUAAUUCAGGAAAUGUGCAGCUGGAGUUCAGCUGGAUCUCGGAAGAGACUGGGAAAGGUGUUAGUUUUGCAAUGCCAGAGAGCCAAGGUUUCGCUAAGAAGGAUCAGCUUAGCCAGGGCACGCUGCACACAGGCAGCUCUCUGGAUAGUGCCACGGACCACUGGAAUGAUGGGGCCCCAUCACCCUUCUCUGUGGAACCCUCCUCAGGCAUCGUGCCUGUUGGGAAAUAUCAGAAGAUCAAAGUAAAAUUCUCUCCAUUGGAUGUUGGGGACUUCGAGAGUAAUCUUUUAUGCCAGAUUCGUAACCUACCACCUGGAGAGCAAGGCCCAGUUCUGGUAGCAAAAGGGAGAAGCCUCUUGCCCUUCUGCCAUUUUGACUUGAAAGAAUCAGACUAUAUCAGCGGUCAUCGGCGCAACUCAGAGCUCCGAGGACCUAGUGGUGGGACUGUGGACCCGAAUACUAGGGUGAUUGAGUUUGCUACUGUGGGCAUAGGAGGGAAGAAUCUCCGGACCUUCACAAUUAUGAACCCAACCAAUGCUGCCUACUCUUUCUGCUGGAUCUCUGAUGACAUUGAAAGUCUCCAGAAUCCUCCAGCUUUCACAUGCCUUACGGAGAAGGGCUUCAUCCACCCUGAAAAGAAAGCUGAGGUUGUAUUCCAGUUCACGCCUUUGCAUCUAGACAUCACAGAAUCAUUCUGGACUUUCUUAAUCCCGGAACAUAACAUCAAAAUCCCUUUCCUGCUGGUAGGCAAAACCACGGAUCCUCUCAUCUCGCUGGACCACUCACACCUCAACUUCAGUUGUCUCCUCAUUGGCAGAGAAGCCAGGGAAACUGUCCAGAUCAUCAACAAGGAAGAGCAGGGGUUCAGUUUUGCCUUCCAGGACAGCUCCCGGUAUUCGGAAGGUUUCAGCAACAGCCUGGUCGUAUCUCCCAUGGAAGGCUGGGUCCCAGCCCUGUCCAGGUUGCCAAUUGAUAUUUUCUUCACACCUAAGCAGGAAGGAGAUGUGAACUUCAAUUUGAUCUGCAAUGUGAAAAGAAAAGCCCACCCUCUGACUUUGAAUGUCAAGGCUGAGGGCUACACUAUGAAUGUGGGGAUCAAGUGCAAAGACAGAACUGGCUCGGUCACUUUGUUUACUCCCAGCCAGACCAAUAUUAUCAACUUUUAUGAGGUGGAGUUAAAUGAAUGUGUCCAAUGUGAAUUCAGCUUUAUCAACACUGGAAAAUUCAACUUCAGCUUCCAGACAGAACUGUCCGGCCCCAAAGCCCUGCUGCAGUACUUGGAAUUCUCACCUAUCGAUGGCACUGUGGAAGUGGGGCAGAGUGUACAUGCCACCCUGUCUUUCCAACCACUUAAGAAGUGUGUCUUGAAGGGCCUGGAACUCAAAAUCAAGAUCAGCCACGGCCCAGCAUUUACAUGCAGCAUCACAGGCUGCUCCGUGAACCCCGCAGCACAUUUCUCCUUCACCAGCUACAACUUUGGGACCUGCUUCAUCUACCAAGCAGGGAUGCCCCCCUACAAACAAAUCCUGUCUGUCACCAACAAGGAGGAAACGACCAUGAGUAUAGAUUGUUUGUACACAAACACCAGCCAUCUCGAGGUGAACUUCCGUGUUGAUGUGAUAAAGCCAGGAAACACACUGAUGAUUCCAAUUGUCUUCUAUCCUCGAGAAAGUAUCAGUUAUCGAGAACUCAUCCCCUUUGAAAUAAAUGGGCUUUCACAACAAAUCAUUGAAAUUAAAGGGAAAGGCACGGAAAUGAAGAUUUUAGUACUAGAUCCAGCCAAUAGGAUUGUGAAGUUGGGAGCUGUUCUGCCAGGACAAGUUGUCAAAAAAUCAGUUUCCAUUAUGAACAACAGCAACACCUUGCUUACGUUUAACCAAUCGAUUCUGUUCUCAACUCCAGAACUCCAGGAACCCAAGGUGAUCACCAUCACGCCUUUCAACAACAUCAGCCUGAAGCCCAAAGAAGUCAUUAAGCUGGAUGUGGUCUUCUCCCCAAAGAAGCGUGUCCCUCCCUUCUCCGAGGAGGUGUUCAUGGAAUGCAUGGGACUCCUGCGUCCCCUGUUUCUUCUCAGCGGCUGCUGCCAGGCCCUGGAGAUCUCCCUGGACCAGGAGCAUCUUCCCUUUGGACCGGUUGUCUAUCGGACACAAUCCACACGUCGUAUCCUCAUGCUGAACACAGGCGAUGUGGGAGCCAGGUUUAAAUGGGAUACCAGAAAAUUUGAGCCUCAUUUCUCCAUCACCCCGGAAGAAGGCUACAUUACUGCAGGCAUGGAAGUUUCUUUCGAAGUGACCUACCAUCCCACGGAGGUGGGAAAGGAGUGUCUCUAUAAAAACAUGCUCUGCUUCAUCCAGGGAGGCAAUCCUCUGACCCUCACCUUGUCUGGAAUCUGCGUGGGACCACCUGCAGUAAAAGAGGUGGUGAACUUUGCCUGCCAGGUGCGCUCCAAGCACACACAGACCAUCCUGCUUUCCAACCGCACCAACCAGACCUGGAAUCUGCACCCCAUCUUCGAGGGAGAGCAUUGGGAGGGCCCUGAGUUCAUCACCCUGGAGGCCCAUCAGCAGAACAAACCCUACGAGAUCACCUAUAGGCCACGCACGAUGAAUGUGGAAAAUCGCAAGCAUCAGGGGACCCUCUUUUUCCCCCUCCCAGACGGGACAGGAUGGCUGUAUUCUUUACAUGGGACUUCUGAGCUCCCCAAAGCUGUGGCCAAUAUCUACCGUGAAGUGCCAUGUAAGACACCCUACACCGAGCUCCUGCCCAUCACCAACUGGCUGAACAAGCCCCAGAGAUUCCGGGUCAUUGUGGAAAUGAUGAAGCCAGAGAAGGCGGACCUAAGCAUCACCCUUAAGGGACUUGAUUACAUUGAUGUCCUGUCUGCCUCAAAGAAGGACUACAAGCUGAACUUCUUUUCCUACAAGGAGGGACUGUAUGCUGCAAAGGUGAUCUUUAGAAAUGAGACGACCAACGAAUUCUUGUUCUACACGGUGAGCUUCAGGGUCAUCCCUUCAGGCAUCAUCAAAACCAUUGAGAUGGUGAGCACAGUCCGGCAGAGUACAUCGGCCUCCAUCAAGCUGGAAAACCCACUGCCCUAUUCGGUGACCUUCUCCACAGAUUGCAGGGUGCCUGAUAUCAGCCUGCCCUCCCAGUUUGCUGUGCCAGCCAACUCCGAGGGCAUAUUCUCCUUUGAGUUCCAACCCCUGAAAGCUGGAGAAACCUUCGGGAGACUUUCUUUGCACAACAGUGAAUUGGGUUACUACCUGUAUGAGCUCAAUUUGAAGGCCAGUCCUGCCCUGCCUGAAAAGCCUGUCCACUUCCAGACUGUCAUUGGCAACAGCCAGAGCCUCUUUGCCAAGUUCACCAAUUAUACCCGGCAGAAGACAGAAUACCUCUGCAGGACGGACUGUCCAGACUUCCACGUGGAAAGAGUCAUUAACGCAGCUCCAGGAGCCCCGGGAGGCACGGAGGUCAACAUAGAAGUCAUCUUUGAGCCCAGUCACCUGGGUGAGAGCAAGGGUACCCUGAUCCUGUCUUCACUCACCGGCGGGGAGUAUACCAUCCCCCUAUUUGGAAUGGCUCUGCCCCCCAAGCCCCAGGGACCCUUUUUGAUUCGAGCUGGUUACAACAUCAUCAUCCCCUUCAAGAAUGUUUUCUUCCGUACGGUGACUUUCUCCUUCAUCGUGGAGAACCCAGCCUUCACCAUUCGCGCUGGAGACACUGUGCGGCCCAAGAAGAUCAACAACAUUACUAUCUACUUUGAAGGAAACCCUUCUGGCAGCAAAACACCCAUCACCAGCAAGCUGAUUGUGUCCUGUUCUCCUGGGGAAGGCAGCGAGGCUGGAGUGAAGUGGGUGUACUAUCUGAAGGGGAUAACCCCUUAG